AUGCGUGACGGCUACUCCCAUUUGAGCGAUGUCGAAUGGGAUGCGGUUGAACGAAUGGGUUCAACCAUGGGCAUCCAUGCUGUUAGCGUCAUGCUAGAGGCUCUCAAUAGAGAUGCCCAACAUGCUACUAUCGCCAAGUUCAUUCAAAAUGAACUUGACGCCGAACGCGAGAAAGUAUCCUUGCUUCACCAACAAGGUUCUCAACAAGCAGAGUUGUUGAGAGAACAGGGUGCUCAACAGUUUGAACUGUUGAGACAGCAGCAGGCUGCUGCUGGUGGGUCGAUGCACUCGCGUCGACCCGAAACCUUGAAGAUUGACAUCUCCAAGUAUAGGGGAGUCGAAGAGGACUCCCUCUUGAGAUGGUUCGUCGAAUUAGACGACGCCAUAAGGUCUCGUCGCAUCGACGACGGGGAUAUGCAAGUUGCAUUUGCCCAGUCAAAUCUGGUAGGACGCGCCAAGACUUGGGCACUGGGGCUCAAGUUGCACGACCCAUAUGCGUUUGGGUCGUUAGAAGUCUUCAAGUCGCGGCUCAGACAAACGUUUGAACCGCCUAGAGCUGAGUUCAGAUCUCGAACUGAACUCUUGAAGCUCAAACAGGGUAAGCGUGAUGUGCACGCUUACGCACGACGUAUACGACAUCUCACGAGUUUAUAA